AUGGCUGACAACCCUGUUGCUGACAAUCCGGCCACUGCCAGUCCGGCCACUGCCAAUCUAGUCACUGACCCUCUUCUCGAGGCAGAUGAUAACCCAAAUGCUGAUGCCGACUCAGCAAUUGCGGCCUCUUCCUAUAUGCUAAUGCGCGUUAUCCAGCCCAAUGAUGAAGAGGAGCAAGAUCGGAUGGACCUAGUCCACCAUAUAUACAAGAUACUUCUGGGUGGGGAACUUCAUCUCGCUCCCCUCAGCAAGAAUGUUCAGCGUGUCCUCGAUCUGGGGACUGGUACAGGAAUUUGGGCACUCGAUUUUGCUGACCAAUAUCCCUCUGCUCAAGUCAUUGGUAACGAUCUAAGUCCCAUACAGCCCAAAUGGACAGCACCAAACUGCCAAUUCGAGGUCGAUGACUAUGAAAGCGACUGGUCGUAUUCUCAUCCAUUUGAUUACAUUCAUGGCCGAGAGCUUUCGGGCGCCGUCAAAGAUUACGAUCGUCUAUUUGCACAAGCUUUCCAGCACCUGAAAUCUGGAGGCUAUCUGGAAAUGCAAUCCUACAAACAGGAAAUCCUCUGCGACGAUGGCACUGAUGAAAAAGCACCCUAUACGCGCAAGUGUGUUGAGCACUUGCAGGAGGCAAGUAAGAAAUUCGGAAAGAGCAUGGUAGAGGCAGAUACAUGGAAAGACAGGAUGAUCAAAGCGGGCUUUGUGGAUGUGACGUGCCGAAUUUUCAAGAUACCAAUAGGCACAUGGCCCAAAGAUCCCAAACUGAAAGAGCUUGGUAGAUGGCAUCAGGUGGCUCAAGAAGAAUCCAUGGGCCCCUACUGUUACGCUCUGUUUUCUCGCGUCCUUGGUUGGCAGAGAGAAGCUAUUGAAGUGUUGUUGGCCAUGGUCAGGAAGGAGCUCCGGGAUCCCUCCAUUCAUCAAUACGUGCAGAUUUAUAUCGUUUAUGGCAGAAAGCCCUAA